AUGUAUGAAAUUCUUAAGAUUGUAGAUAACUAUAUAUCAUUAGUUUUGUUAACCUUUCAAUCUUAAUCUUUUUAUAUUUAUAAUUAAGUAAAUUAGAAUUAUAAUAUUAAUAUAUUCAUGAUAUAAAAUGAAUAGAAUUGGAAUUAAUUGUAAUAAUAAUAUCCUUAAUAAGAUGAUCAUUGUGAAUUAUAUAAAUUACAUAUCAAAAGUGAUUUGGCUAAUUUUUAUUAUAAAAUUUAAGAAAAAUUACAUCAAUAUUAUGAGGAUACAUUUACUUCAUUUGCUUAUUUUAAUGCUAUAUUCAGUAUUGGUUGUUCUUUUAUUAUUGGUUUUUAUUUGAGUAAAGAUUUCUGUAAAAUUAACAUAUUAUUGAUAAGUUUAACAAUACAAAAUAUAUAUUUUGGAUCUCAUAUAAAAUUUAAAUUAAGAGUGAUUUUAUAUCAAAAUUAGACAUAUUAUUUGGGUUGCAUCUAGAAUUAUGGAUUUUACUUUAAUUUAUUUUUUAUAAGAAUGCUAAUAAUUUCAAUAUUUUUAAUCAAUCAAGACAUAAGUUAUUCUUAUUUCUACAUAAUAUAUUGA